AUGGCAACCGAAGUGCUGUCUUCAUCCCAUGAGUCUGUUGACCCGAGCCCUAUGAGUGUCUCCCCAAUGAAUCUAGCUUCCCCAAAGAUGACCAUCAAAAUGCCAUUAAAGAUCCUGGAUCCUGGUAGGUCAAAAUUGACCACUGUUGAGACCAAGAGGAUCAUAUCCGUCUUGGAUGACACUAUCGUUAAAACAGAGCUGGUCACUGUGUUCUCGUACGUUAUGGAGAACCUUGAAGAUUUCAGCAUCGCGUUGGGACCAGAACUUUGGGGGGCUCUUAGGGAACACCUGCGUCUUUCAAACAAUAUGGAAGCCACGAUUGCCCGCCUCGACGAAGAAGGGCAUCUUCUUAAGGGUGUUGCAAGAGGCAGCCUAUUUGCCUCAGAGGAUCGAAGCGGACAGCUUCAUCUGCACAUCGAAGGCUUAAAAAGUUCGGUCCGAAAUAUUGUGCGCUUGUUCUACAUGAACCCCAUAGCUUGUCGGGCAGUGAGAGAUGCUGCCUUUGCCAGGAGUCCAACUGCUGACGUUUUGCUUAGAGGCCUGUUGGCGCUCCGGAGGUUUCUGUUUGAGAUGCUCCUCACCACUCCAUCAGAAGAUAAAGAAAAAAUGAGAUUUAUGCAAGAAAUUGCCCUCCGAGACAAGAAAAACAUGGAGGCGAUUGCAGCUUUGGAGGAUGAACUGACAUUAGCGAUUCACAACCGUGAUGAGGAGAUUUCCAGGAAGAAUGCCACCAUCAAGGAUCUGAAAACCCACUUACACAAUCUGGCCAAGUUUUCCGAAAACCAAAUCCAGCGCACCCGAGCCGACGUGGAGAAGCAACAGAAGGGGGAAUUGCGUGGCUCUCAGGCAAAGUGUGCCAAGAUGAUGCAGGAUAUACAGCAGUUAAGGGCUCAGCUCAAUGCCCUCAUUGCUGAAAACCGAGAUUCGGAGCUCGCUCUUCGAAAGAAAAAAUACAAAGUGGAGACAGAAAUAGAGAACUGGAUCCAGAAGUACGACAUUGAGAUGAUGGAAAAGCAGGAGGAGCUUGAGGAGAUCGAUGUGGUCUACAAGGUGGAGAAGGCCCAGCUGGAAGAUCUGAGGGAGAGGUUUGCCUUACUCGAUGAAGAGUUCAGCCAGAUUGAGGAGGAGAGGUUCAAGAAGCAGGAAGAGAGGGAGAAAGCUCAGAAAGAGCUGGCAAUUCUGUCCCGGGCCGCCACCCUCAUCCAGGCCUUGUGGAAGGGCUACCUGGUGAGGUCACUGCUGAGGACCAAGAGGAGGAGGAAGGGCAAAGGGAAGAAGGCCAAGAAAUAAACACUGGCCCUUUCCUGCCUCGCCAAAACAGGCAACUGUGCCAGACCUGGAUAGCUUUAUGUAUAGAUUUCGAACAGUAGAGGUGAGGUUGUUCCUUAAUAAA